AUGUUUUCCCCUUCGUGGUCUAUUCUCAACCUUAGACUUCCCAAUAACGAAGACCAGAAAAUCAUAUUCGUCUUCCACGGGGAUAUUGCUGAUCGCUCCAAGUUUACGCCAUCACCGUUGCCAGUUUGCUUAUUCUUGGGCCACGGAGCACGAACAUGGCGUAGUGACUCCCCGCCGCCAGUAAACGACCUGAGUCCAAACUUUAUACAGUUUGCGGGUUCAGCGGUGAGGGCUCGGCAUCGGACCCAGAAUCCCAAUAAUCGGAAUCCCGAUUUCAAUCCCAACUUCCUUCAGGUUCCAAAGUUGGGAUAUCUCAUUCGCACACAACCUAUCAUUCGGGCCUUGAAAUCUGCGUUCAACUUCGUCCGAACGAACUUUAUCGACGUUCUGUCUAUCAUAACGCAGGUCUUCGUUGGUGCUACCCUGCUUAUGAUAGUGACAGUAUUUAUCUCACCGGCAUUCCUAUACAAAUUACGCGGUGCAUUCAAUGGACCCAAGGUAACCCCAAUCCCUUCCGAACCUAUCGUAGUUUCGUCUUCCAGCGGAUCUAACACAGCUUCGGUCAUCUCUUCACAACAUACCACAGUCCAAGUUCCUGGUGGACCAGAAGUGGAUUUAGUCAUCUCCUCUGAGACUGACACAAUCCCACUCUCUGGUGAGCCUGAAGUAGCUCCAGUCCAUUCAUCUGAUGCAACUAUAGUCAGCCCUGAGCCUGUCGCGGCUCCUAUCCAACCCAGUGGCUAUACUCUCGUCCGGACCAUCCCCAUAUGUCGAGACCUACGAGAACUGAUAUCUAGCCACCAUACCAUUCUGCAUGAAAACUGGGCCUACAUGCAUGGAGGGUUUGUAGUGGAUAUAGAGAAUCUUAUCGCGGACCUGAAAAGGUACAUCGCUCCCUCAGAUACGGACGAACCGGCGGCCGUGGACAUCUUAUAUCAGUUAAGCAGCAUCGAAGAGACUCUUAAAACUCAUCGAGACAUCCAGAAACGGUGGGAAGACGAGGUGCUGACCAACUGGAUAAACUUAGGAACGUGGUGGAGUUGGGACGACCCGGACUUCAACCCCGAGGCCUACCUUGAUGCGAAAAUCCCGCCCAACGCCGCGACUUUGGCCCAGGGUAUCUUCGAGACUAUCGUUACGCCUCGCAACGCCCGCAUACAUCGCAUAGUAGACGAGGUCGUGUGUUCAGGGUACCAAGGACAGGUCCCCUGGCACGGCAUGGUCACGCACUAUUCCAAUGCUAGGUACAGCCUGGCUUCUCUGGACUCUCAGCUACUAUUGCUAGAAAGACUCGUAGCUGAUAUGAAACCGCGAGUUACGCUCACCGGGAAUAUGGGCCGAUACACGGAGAGCGUCCUACGCACCGUCGGAGACGCUCGCCAGGCUGCUUCUCUCGGGAUGAAUGCCGCGCUCGCCAUGAACGAGGGCAUGGCGACGAUGUGCGAGAAGAUGAAAAAUUCGGCGGAGAGCAAUUGGCGUUUAAGUGCGCGGGAUAAUGAGAAGCUGGUUAGAGAUUACCUACAAGGCGAUGCGGACCCCGUGGAAGUGGAGCACGGAUUUCUGCAGUGGAUCGGGUGGAAGCCUGAACAGCCGCAUCCUGUUACUAGGGACGGAGAGAAAAUAGCGGCUCUAUGGCUCACGAGCGAGACAAACGAUAAGGCAGCCGAUGACAUGGCGGAGGCUGUGUUGGUUGUCUGGAACACGACGAAAACGGGCUGA